UUUCCUGUUAUUAGUGUCAGUACUUUAAGAAAUUAUGCCAUAUUAAAUUUGUCAGAAUCCAUCAGUUCCUGGUAGUUUUUUCGUGUGAAAGUGUUAACAUCAGUACAGCAUGUCUUUUACGACUGUAAAGUUCUACAGUGGGACUUUUGUACCAACCAAUAAGUGGCUCAAGAUUUUUGCUUGCUAUGUUCUUCUUCCUCCAGUCCUGAGCCACCUGGUGUACGAAAGUGUAGUAGGAGGAUCAGCAGAAAUAGCUUGUAAUUUUUCUUCACUCCACGAGGAUAAAGUAUCUUUAAUAUUGUGGUAUAAAGACAACGCUACAAAACCCAUUUACAUUAUGGAUGCCAGAAACGGUAUACGAAACAAACCCGCACAUCUUCCCAGUGGUACUUUAACCAACAGGUCUUUCUACAAUGUCUCCAUUUUCCCGUCCAUCCUACAAGUAUGGGAUAUAAAAGAAGACGACCAUGGGAUGUACAAGUGUAGAGUUGAUUACAAACAUGAACCAACUGAAUACUUUAUUGUUUUUCUUGAGGUUAUCGUUCCUCCUAGAGAAACAAUCAUAAUGGACAAAUACGGUCAAAGACUAAAAGAUUUAAUUGGUCCCUACAGUGAAGGCACAUCGCUGUUACUGAUCUGCGAGGCUGAUGGAGGGAAGCCUCCUCCGGCUCUAACGUGGUGGAAGAGAGAUAACCUGCUCCUAGCUAACUACACUAUCACGCCACAAGGAUUCACCAGAAAUGAAAUCGUGUUACAGCAACUUCGCCGUGAAGACCUACUUAGUUCUCUGACAUGCAAGGCUUCCAAUACCAACCUCACAAUCCCGAUAUCUAGCUCAGUGAUAGUAGAUCUGUACUUGAAGCCUCUAGACGUGAGAAUCACCACAAUCAACAGACCGCUAAUAGCAAACCGACCAGCUGAACUCGUGUGUGAAACCUGGGGCGCUAGACCACCAGCUCAAGUAACUUGGUGGAUGGGUACUAAACGCCUUACUGCUGUAACGGACUCUGUAACUGCUGAUGGAAAUCACACAGUUAGCACGGUGUCCUUCACUGCUAAGGUUGGAGAUAACGGUAAAAAUGUGACGUGCAGAGCAGACAAUUUGCUCUUACAAGAAAGUGCCAUCACAGAUGUCAGGAACCUUCUGGUGUAUUAUACUCCUCAGGUGAGGAUGUCUAUCCUUUCUCAACUUAAUGGAAAUGGUGUGGUGGAAGGAAGUGACGUUCGAUUAGAAUGUUUGGUGGACGCCAGUCCUGCUGAAGUUGACGUGUGGUGGCGCUUUAAUGGAUCUACGUUAACUCCCGACCUGAAAUCUGGCAUCAGUUUAGAUAACCUAUCACUUCUGAUAAAAAAUGUCCAGCAGCAUCACCAGGGAAAAUAUCAGUGUAUGGCCACAAACCAAGAAGGGGAAGGAAGAAGUGAUGAGAAACUACUGGUAGUUCAAUAUCCACCGGUAUGUAAAGAUCCUAAGUUAAAAAUGAUCGCAGUUUCACCUGGUUCAGAAGUUAACGUCUUGUGCGAGGUAGAAGCAGAGCCAAAGAAUGUUGAGUUCCAUUGGAUACUCAACAACACCUUAGGUGUUACGUCCGUCAAGACUGCUACAAGUAACUGGACGACAAGCGUUACUACGAUUUCUCUUUUGGGACAUAUUGAUUUUGGAACACUUUUUUGCUGGGCUGAAAAUCAUGUCGGACGACAGGAAAUACCGUGUCAAUACAAAAUCGUUCCUGGAGUUUAUGCAAUGCUGAUUGAAGCAAAUACAUACAACUACGGUUAA